CCCUUCUCCAGCUCAACCGCCGUUUCAAACUUAAAAGACGAACAGAUACGCCGUCGGCUCCGCAAAUCCCUGCCGGCGAAAAUGGGGAAGAGCGAUGGCAAGACGGGGUUAGGGAGAGCGCUGGUGAAGCACCACAACCAGAUGAUCAUUCAAUCCAAGGAGAAAGGCCAGUUCUACAGGCAGCAGAACAGGGUUCUCGAAUCCAUCACCGACGUGAACGACGUCGACGCCGUCAUCGAGCAGGCCGAAGAGGAAGAGCGUCUCCUCCUCGCUGGUGACCGCCCCGCCCCCAACCUCCCUAUCAGUCUGGAUGGGGUCUCGAGUUCGAGUGCUAUGACGCCGGAGGAGAGGAAGGCGCAGCAGAAGGAAGCGGAGUCUUUGCAUGCUAAUAGCCUGCGAGUCCCUCGCAGGCCGCCGUGGAAUCCCGAGAUGUCGGUGGAGCUACUUGAUUCCAACGAAAGACAAGCUUUCUUAAUCUGGCGGCGAAGCCUUGCAAGCUUAGAGGAGAAUGAGAACCUGGUUCUCACACCAUUUGAAAAGAAUUUGGAUAUCUGGAGACAACUUUGGCGGGUGCUUGAGCGCAGUGAUCUUCUUGUGAUGGUUGUCGACGCACGAGAUCCUUUGUUCUAUCGUUGUCCUGAUCUUGAGGAAUAUGCAAGAGAAAUCGAUGAGCAUAAGAGGACACUACUCCUUGUAAACAAGGCAGAUCUUUUGCCCUUCUCAGUCAGGAAGAAAUGGGCCGAGUACUUCCGCCAAAACAAUAUUCUGUAUGUCUUCUGGUCAGCCAAGGCUGCUAGUGCACUCCUCGAGGGCAAAAAGCUGACUGGACCUUGCGGACAAGAACAGGCAGACGAUACUGAUACCAAAAUAUAUGGCAGGGAAGAGCUUCUAUCUCGUCUGCAGUCCGAGGCAGAAGCCAUAGUUUCAAGGAGGAAUCGAAAUAACUCCCCCGCCAAAUCAGUGACAGUGGGAUUCGUCGGGUACCCCAAUGUCGGCAAGAGUUCAACGAUCAACGCCCUGGUCGGACAGAAGCGAACUGGCGUGACAUCAACUCCUGGCAAAACAAAACAUUUCCAGACGCUGAUCAUGUCCGAGGAGCUCACCCUAUGCGACUGUCCCGGUCUGGUGUUCCCUUCCUUCUCAAGCUCCAAAUACGAAAUGAUCUCCUCUGGAGUCCUGCCAAUCGACCGUAUGACCGAGCACAGGGAGGCCGUCCAGGUGGUUGCAAACCGUGUCCCGCGCCAUGUCAUUGAGGCCGUCUACAGGAUAGCCCUGCCGAAGCCCAAGUCAUACGAGCCGCAGUCUCGGCCUCCAUUGGCGUCAGAGCUUCUACGAGCUUACUGCGCUUCGCGAGGGUACGUUGCAUCGAGCGGACUGCCAGACGAGACCAAGGCUGCACGUCAGAUUCUGAAGGAUUAUAUAGAUGGGAAGCUGCCUCAUUAUGAGUUGCCACCUGGAAUUGCUGCUGACGAGGUCAAGGAUUCUGAUGCUGAUAGUGAUUACAGUGGGUCUGAGUUGACAGAGUCUGAUUCGUCGGAUGUCGAGGAAGGAGGAGAGAAGAAUCCUCGGCCUGCGAUGGAGCAUGUGCUGGAUGAUCUGAACUCCUUCGACGUGGCGAAUGGGAUCGCGGCGAGGAAAACUACAGAGAAGAAGAAGUUCAAGGAGUCGUUCAAGCAGCACAAGAAGCCUCAGAGGAAGAAGGAUAGGUCGUGGAGGACGAAGACCGACGACGUCGAUGGGAUGCCGGUGGUGAGAGUCUUUCAGAAGCCUCUCAAUACAGGUCCUGCGAAGACGGCAUGAUAUUGAUGUUUUUGUGAUUGUAUGUAAUGUAUUUUACCUGCAGCUGGGUGACGGCGAUGAAAGGUAUAACGAAGAACGGUUCUAGCUUUGGAAAGACGAAUUGGUUUUUGAUCAGAAGAAAGUGACCCUUUUUUUUGGGGCUAGUUUUUCCUUUUGAAAGAGGAAGAGUUGUCCAGUAUGGAUUUGGCCUCCUCUGGAUGGAAGUUAUGGAGACAUGAUGAUGUGAUUGUAGGGAAGGCCUGACUGAAGGGGGAGAAUCUACUUGCAGUUACGGAGGAAAAGGGAGGCGGCAAAUGUGAUUACCUAGCUGGAAUCCUGAACAUCACUUGCUCCCAUGUGUCUGUGUUGUAGAGAUUCCACAUCUCAAUUUGUUAUCAAAUGACUCGUUUGCUAACGAAAAACAAAAUAAGUCUUUUGCAAGUG